UGUCAUCCACUCAUGGUUUGAACCGAUCGCCGAACUCAGUGGUUCAUGGACGCGUGUAAUGGGCGGUGCUCUAUACGCAACACACUUCAUAGUCUCAAGUUGAAUACGUCAGAGGCGGUACAGACCUUUUGUAAAUCGGUUUUGUCAAACUCAGAGCAACUUUUUCGACUUCUGUACAACGGGAGAGAUAAACUGACUCUUCCUUUUGAAGAAAACACACCAAGUGAUAUUUAAGUUCCGUUGCUAUUCAUCAGCAUUACUCGCCGCUACGGGAGAAGAUGUUCUUCUAGACUUGGGAUUUUUAUGUAUGGUUUUAUGUCGGCUUGCCAAAUAAUGGCGGGAAGGAGCUUGUUACUUUUGCUGUUUGUAUCGUCUGCAUUGAUGUUUAACGUUGAUGGGUUGAUAUCAACAAGUUAUGCUUCACAUCGUACGUCUCAUAGAUGCAGUGACGCAGAGGUUUACUUAAUGCAGGACUGGGACUUAUACGCGUCUUGUUGCGACCAGCAUUAUCCCAACGAAACCUGUCCCAUAGCUUGUCCGUGCCGAAACGGUGCCGAAUGUUUCCCGAGUAACCGAACCUGCGGCUGCAAGCCGGGCUGGGUUGGGGUACGAUGUCAAAGGUCAUGCAGAGAGAAGAACAACAUCACGUACGGCCAGGACUGCAAGCGGAGAUGUCGCUGCGGACCGGACGCUUCGUGCGAUCCGGUAACCGGAUUGUGCGAAUGCAUUGAUUCCACCAACUGCACGUCCCGCUGUCCAGUGAAUCGGUACGGUCCAAAGUGUAGAUGGAAAUGCCGCUGUAGAGGAGGGUGCGAUCACAUGACAGGGUCAUGUGACAAUGCAGACGAAUCAUACCGGACCUGUGAUUGUUUGAAUGGCGGGUCAUGUCAGGCGAGGAGCCAGUCCUGCCGAUGCCAGCCCGGUUGGACGGGCGGUCGGUGCGAAGAGCCGUGCCUGUCGGGGUUCUACGGCGAGGAGUGUGCCCUAUCGUGCGGAUGCGGAGACAACUCGACCUGCAGCGUAAUGACUGGUCUUUGUAGCUGUGCCGGUGAAAACAAGUACUCCUGUUCCGGUAGAUGCCCACCCGGAGUGUACGGACCACGCUGUUCCUACCAAUGCAACUGCCCGUCAAGGUUAACGUGUAACCAGCUGACGGGAGACUGCCAGUGCACGGACCGGAACGACUGCCAAGAAAUCCUACACGGAACGACCACACAAGAGCCAAACAAGAUCAACAAUGAAGUAACCACAGCUGAAACGACGCCCACACCGGCCAACACAACUACCGAAGCAAUACCGUCUACAUUCCCCACUGGGCCGCCUACAUCUACCCGUCACACCGCCCGGAAAACAGUACCAACAGCCAGUCCAGAUACCCAGACGGACGGCAUAAAGUCCGAGGUGGACGGUACCUCGUCAGCGGGUGCCGCUGAGGAGUCGCCCCAGAGAAAUGACGGUUCGCCCGGUAGCGGGGAUAUUGGCUUCUACCCGUCAGCUCCGUUUUGGGGUGUGGUCAGUGCCAUUGCCGUUCUACUCCUGAUUGUGGUAGUGCUGUUGAUUCUGAUACUGCGUCGACAGAUGACUUCAAAGUCUCCACUCACCCGACGCACGAAGAUCGGCAGACAAGACAAUGUGUACGAAACCGUAGAGGAAUUUUGUAAAGGAACCCCAGAACCCGAAGCUAAAUUGGCACCACCCCCACUACCAGACAUGUUCCAGCGAGGAGGUCCCGCACGGUCCAGCUUACGAAGCUUCCACCACCGACCGAUCUCGGUUCAUUCCCCGUUGGCAUCGCUGGACGCCCCACUGCCGGCCAGCGUGGCGGCCCUGGUGUGCAACUACGGUGGUCCGCCUCCGGUACCGGGCGGCACCUCGCGGAGGAGUCUCAUGGCCGAGUGGCGACCGUACAGCCGACCAGAGCGCCUCGCGCACGAGAACAGAGCAAAGAGCAGGUCGCACUCCAGUCUGACGGACCUACCACACCAGACCGACCCAGUGGGUGGUUACAACGCCAUCUUUGUGGAGGACGACUACGCCGAUCCCUUCGAUACGAUCUUACCGAGUUUAGACGUGUCGAACCAAUCCUCAGGAUAUUUUGCGUCUGCCCGCGAAGGCAGUAGCCCGAUGACAUCACAGAACAGCUCUCCCGUAACUCUUAGAAAAGGGGGUUCUCGUUCUCCGAUGACCACACAGCGCUGCAGCUCCCCCAUGACCAGCAGGGAAUCACCAGUUCCCUUUGAAAGAAGUUCUUCUCCGAUGGAGUUCCAAGAGAGAAGCGGUUCUCCAAUGCCCGUCAAGCAACGGCACAGCGACUACAACAUGAACAGUUUCCGAAGCAUCUCCCCAGCGACGGUGACUAAAGACCGGUCUUAUUCCGCAGCUAUGUCAAACCAAAGAACCGGUAGCCCCGUUACGGAUCCGUUUUACUUCACCCUGGAGCAGCAUAGCCCGGCCGGGUCACCAGCGGGUAUCAUCGGCCCGGAAGACGACUAUGACGAAGUAGACCCGCAAUCACCACCCAUUAACUCUCCUAGUAGAGGGGUCUUAGUUGCAGAUAUAGCCGGCUCCCCGAGCGAGCGUUCGAGCCAUGGUUCGAGUACAUCUUCUCGAAGCUCCUCUAGAGCAUCCCUCGGUGCAAACUCUCCAACACUCUCGUCUCCCUACGGUACAAGUCCCCGCGAUGUUGAAAUGUACGACGCCUUGGAUAAUACAAUAGAAAAGACAAGACCGCGUUUACCAAAGCAGCAGCGACCGCUAUCCAGUAAUGUCUACGAGUCGUGCGGUCCGCGGCUACCGCCACUACUACCGGCCGACGAUCACGCCGUCUACUCCAAGCUCAACAGGAACCCCUCACAGCGUAGCGAGCACCGUGGAUCGCUGCAGCGCCGACCACAAGAGGAGAGUCCCUACGGAAGACUGGAGCGGAGCUACUCGGCCAGGAACGCCGCUCGCACUCCCGGCGUGGACGAGUUGCAGGGUCGGGUCCCUCAGCGGAGUCGCUCGGCCAUGGUGAAGGGCAACCAGGGUACCCGAUCGACAGAGUGUGUUGCUGGGGAGUGGGUACCAGCAGAGCCGGCAGGACACCGACCACUGCUUCCGCAAAGAACCACCAAGUCGCCCCUCGUAACAGAACCUCGGAAAAAGUUUCGGUUUAGUCUAAAGGGAAAGAAACAGUUGACCAAGAAAUCGUCCACAGAUGAUUUAGACCAAGCGGUCGAGGCCCCGUCUUCAACAUUGCCACCCUCCUGCUAAUUACAGGGACUAUGUUAGUCUGGUCAAGCGCAAGUUCAAAUAAUUGCCAAAUCGAACAAGGAAACUUUGAGAUGAAAUAAUGCAUUCAAGAUGCACCCUAUCCUAUGGAAAAAGGGACACACACGUUGUACAUGUGCAAGAGAAACAGCAAUGAGCAAGUUCUCGCAAGGGAUAGUAGUUGAUUAUUAUAGAACAUUUUUGGGCAAAUUUGUCUUGUACCGGCCACAGGGCGUAUUGCAUACUAUACAGGAUUGACAAGUGGUUGGGUCGCUGCUCAGACUUGCCCCAUCCAUGUAACAGCAAUGUAUAAUCUAACUAUAUACUGUUUGGCAAUAAUUUUUUAUCGAGUUGUUUCAUCUCCUGAAUCCCCUUAAAGGCAGUGGACACUAUUGAUAGUUACUCAAAAUAUUUAUUAGCAUAAUACCUUACUUGGUAAUGAGU